GGUAAUGGUUCAGAUCCAGAGUCCACACAGUUGGCGGAUACGCCAAUUCCCCAAACCCAAUAAACAGAUCUUGAACACAAAGGGCAACCAAAUUCACCGAUAUUCAAAUUCGGAUUAUCGCUCCCAUUGGUCAAACUCCCACUCGAUUUCUUCCUAAACUCCUCUUCUCUUUCAUCUUCCCCACCUCAAUUCAGCAACUUCUUGCUGCUUUUUGAUUCUCCGAUAUGGAAAAUGGUGCAGGCCUUAGUCUGUAUCCACUGCAUCGAUGUAAAACGAUUCACCUGGGCAUUCAAGAUGGCCUUCUUUCUUGGCUUUUGCUCGCAAAUCAAGGGCUCUUAUAAAACAAUGCAUCCAGGUCAGGCAUGCACAGGGGAUUCACAACGUUGAUGGAGAAAAGAGUUAUAAAGCAUAUAUGCGUCCUGAAUUUUUUGAUGCUCACAUUACUCAGCUAGGAUGGCAGCAGAUCGAUAAUUUGCGUAAGCAUGUUCAUGAGUCUGGUCUCUCCAAGAGGAUUGAUUUGGUUGUAACAUCCCCUUUGCUCAGGACUCUACAAACCGCUGUUGGAGUAUUUGGUGGUGGAGGCUAUACAACUGGAAUGGACGUGUUGCCCCUAAUGAUUGCAAAUGCAGGCAAUAGUGCACGAGCUGCAAUUUCAAGUCUGAACUGCCCACCUAUUGCUGCUGCUGAGCUUUGUCGUGAACAUUUGGGAGUUCAUCCUUGUGAUAAGAGGAGAAGCAUCAGUGACUAUCAAUUCCUCUUUCCUGCAGUUGAUUUUUCACUGAUAGAAAGUGACGAGGAUGUAUUGUGGAAGGCUGAUGUUAGAGAGACAAGGGAAGAACUGAUAGCUAGAGGAUUGGAGUUCCUGAAUUGGUUGUGGACGAGAAAGGAGAAGGAGAUAGCCGUUGUUACUCAUAGUGGAUUUUUGUCUCAUACUCUAACUGCUUUUGGAAAUGACUGCCACCCUUUGGUGAAAAAGGAAAUAUGCAAACACUUUGCUAAUUGCGAGCUUCGUUCCAUUGUCAUAGUUGAUAGAAGUAUGGUCGGGUCGGAUUCCUCAACGACUAAUUAUCCUGGAAAGAUACCUCUGGGCCUGGAUAUCCCAAGUGAUGCCGUGGAUGGUAAAAAGGUGAAGGAAGAGAAACAACCGGUUGAUUCCGAUCCAAAGGAACCUGAAAAGAUGUAAGUCUGAUACGGCUAUAAACAGAAGGGUAUUCAAAUAUUGAGUGUCAAUUAUACAAACAAGUACUUUUGAAACUGCCUUAUCUUAGACUCAGCGCAACACAAACAUUUACUCCACAUUUCUGCAUUCAAUAAAAUUGUGCUUUAAGGAUUUCUCCAUU